UAUUGAGUACAAUCAUGGCGGAGUGUCCUGGAGAAUCCGGCUACCAUUUGAUGAAAUCUUUCCAUGAUAAGGCAUAUGCUGUCAUUAGUGAAGCAUUGGAUUUGGAUGAGUUGGGGCAAGUAGGAAGCAAAGAAUUAGCUAUUGAUCUAUACUCCCAGGGAGCAGCGGAGUUGGAGAAAGGGGUUUGCGUGACUGUAGAGCCAUCAGAUAUUCACUUUACUAAAGCUGAGAAACUCCGUCAGAGAAUGCUUCAGAAUCUUGAAAUGGCAAAAGGAAGAGUUGAGGAUUUGUUAGGAGGAAAAGAUUUAAAAGGCUCGUCAAAUACUUCUUUAGAAGGUGACAGAAGACAUGGAGAUGAACCUGCAGCAGUUAAUAAACAUGAAGUAUCCAGAACUCAACAUGAUGGAGGGAGAUCUAACUUGAAAGUGUCAUCAUCAAAGAAUAAUCCAUCAUUAGACCCAACCCCUUCACUUCGAAAUUUUAGACAACAACCAGCUCCUUCAGCUAGAGCAAGAGUCAAUCCUACUCCUUACAAUAAACCUGAGACUAAGAAACCUACCCACAGUACAAGAGGAGGUCGAGCAGGAGGGGGAGGAAGAAUAACAGGAGCAGGCCCCAGCAAAGCAAAGAAGAUAGAAGUGAAAGGUGUUGAGCCAGCUCUAGUGGAUCUCAUAUUAAAUGAGAUUGAAGACAAAGAUACUAAUGUUACCUGGGAUGAUAUUGUUGGUUUGACAGGUGCCAAGAAGUCAUUGCAAGAAAUAGUAGUCCUCCCUGCCCUUAAUCCCCAACUAUUUGUUGGCCUAAGAACUCCUUCAAAAGGUCUUUUAUUAUUUGGCCCUCCUGGAAAUGGAAAAACAAUGCUGGCCAAGGCUGUUGCUCAUGAAUCAAAGUCGACAUUUUUCAGCAUAAGUGCCUCGUCACUUACCUCAAAAUAUAUAGGUGAAGGAGAGAAACUCGUCAAAGCAAUGUUUGCCGUAGCAAGAAAGCUUCAGCCAUCAAUAAUAUUCAUCGAUGAAGUUGAUUCGCUGCUGGGUAAGAGAGGAGAGGGCGAGCAUGACUCAAUGCGAAGGCUUAAAAACGAGUUCCUCCUUCAGUUUGAUGGAGUUGGUACUUCUGAAUGUGAUCGGUUGCUGGUCAUGGGUGCUACAAACCGACCAGAUGAAAUAGAUGAUGCUGCUUUAAGACGAUUCUCAAAAAGGAUCUACAUACCCUUACCAAACGAGGAGGCUCGUUUUAAUUUACUUGUCAAAUUAUUAUCAUCUCACAAGUGCAAUUUAGCAUCACAUGAGCUGGACUCCAUUGCAAAGGAAACUGAAAAUUAUUCGUUUAGUGAUCUCACAGCACUGGCCCGUGAUGCUGCAUUGGGCCCAAUUAGACAUCUUAAUAUAGAAUCAGUUAGAAGCAUCAAACCUGAUCAGGUUCGACCAAUCAAAUAUGAGGAUUUCAGAGAAUCACUGAAUCAAAUUCGUUCUAGUGUUACGCCUCAUGCAAUACAGUCCCUUGAAGAAUGGAACAGCAAUUAUGGAACGAAAACAUAGGGAAUUAUAUGCAUUUUUAAAAAUUAAUCUUUUACGACAUAACUGUAUGCACAAUGAUUCAUUAUCAAUAAUAAUUAUUAUCAAUUAUGUUAAUCGUGAUAAGUAUUAUAAAAUUCCUUAUAAUAACGAUCCACUCAAAAA